AUGUAUGUAUCAUCAAUAGUUCAACAUGUCUUAAUUGGCACUGCAGUAUCGUUUCUGUAUUUUUUCUUACCCCGUUUAACAUGCAUUCAUACUAUCACCAAACUCUACUUGAGAAUUGUUAUUUUCUCAUGCGCAGUAUACCAUGUGGCCUUUCCUUCAUUCACACCAUUGCCGGAUUAUCCAUUCAAGCCACCAAAGGUUGCAUUUAGGACUAAGGUAUUCCACCCAAACAUCAACAGCAAUGGAAGCAUCUGUCUUGACAUUCUAAAAGAACAAUGGAGCCCAGCAUUGACCAUUUCUAAGGUCCUUUUGUCAAUUUGCUCGUUGCUGACGGAUCCAAAUCCCGACGACCCUAAACCCUAA